AUGCACGAGCGGCCGACAGUUUGUCGGCAUCAUCCACGAGCCCCGACUUCAAAAGACUCAUUCCCUCCAACGAAAGGAAGUGACAAUGGAUUCUUCGAGAACAAACUUUCUUUUAUAUUUUGCAAGAGAAAACCAUUCGGCAGGCAAGGCCAGGUGAUGUCUGCUGGCCAUUCGGUAACCCAUUCGUGCCGCAGCAGAAGAACCACACCGACGUUACUUGCGUCGUCUCAAGCCGCUGAGGCUGACUGCAUCCGCUGUUGGUGCAUAGCUUCCGUCAAGGCUUCGAAGAGACGAUCAUGCCGACAAUUGCGGCCUCGGGCUCCAGUCCCGCCGCGGUGCUGA